CGACUAAGAAAAACUUCUUUUUAUCUACAAUAUCUCUAUUAUGAUCAGUUACAUUUACAUAUAUAUACAAUGAAUAUGAAGACUCUCGUCGGUUUCCACGUUCCCCGCGUAUUCAAACGCGGGGAGACUCCAUAGUGACAUACCCUCCAAACCAGUCCCCAAGCGUUCGACAUCCAAUGCCACUCGAUGUUGCAUUUUUUUUACCUAACCUCGAACCUUCUUAUCGACUCUAUCAACGGGGCGCGGGCUGAGUUUCGCCUAGUGUCACCCGUGUGGAACGAUCCCAACCUGCAUUCGGCGCCCUCGUUGGAUAGACGAUCUGUCGGUGGAGCAGCGUCGUACUCCACGUGGUGGACCGGCCAAGCAGCGUUCUCGAAAUUCCCUUAGUCAACGAAAUCUGCAAUUUUGCCUCCCGAUAGCGCCGCAUUCGAGAACUUUGUGAAAUUUCCCUUCUUAUAGCCCCCCUCUACCCUCUUCCCUCUCCCCUUGGUUUAGUACACCACCACCAUCAUGGGCAUCGACAACAUCUCAAACGACCAUGACACUGACAAGGUGAUGGGAGCUGAAGGCGAGAAGGCCCCCUACUCCCCACCGCCGCCUUUUGAAGGGGACAUGGUGGGGGAGAUGAGUGAGGCAGAAAGGAAUAUCUACGACCACGGCAUCAACAAGUUUAGCCGUCUCGGCUGGAAGCGCCUCACCAUUGUGCUCAUCGUCGAGGCUAUUGCGCUGGGUAGUUUGUCGAUUCCUUCUACCUUUGCGACGCUAGGCAUGGUGGCAGGUGUGAUCUGCUGUGUGGGUAUCGGUUUCAUCGCCAUCUAUACCAGUUACAUUGUGGGAAUGGUCAAGUUGGCGUUCCCCGAGGUGGCAACCUAUGCCGAUGCAGGUCGGUUGCUCGGCCGUCGGUUGGGAUGCGGACGUUUCGGAUACGAGCUCGUCAACGCCAUGCUGGGUCUCCAGUUGAUCUUCCUUACGGCCUCGCACUGUUUGACCGGAACCAUUGCAUUCAUGGACAUCACAAAGAGUGGCGUUUGCUCAAUUGUCUUUGCUGUUGUCUCGGCAAUCAUUCUGCUGUUGCUUGCCAUUCCUCCCAGUUUCACCGAGGUUGCCAUUCUAGGCUACGUCGAUUUCGCCUCAAUCGUCCUCGCCAUUGGAAUCACGAUCAUCGGAACUGGCAUAAAAGCAGGAGAUUCCCCCGGCGGACUCAGUGGAGUCGAAUGGUCGGCCUGGCCUAAAGAGGGCGUCACCUUUACCGAAGCUUUUAUCGCUCUCACCAACAUCGUUUUCGCAUACAGCUUUGCCAUGUGCCAGUUCUCCUUCAUGGAUGAGAUGCACACGCCACGGGACUUUGUCAAGUCCAUCUGGGCGCUUGGCAUCACUGAGAUUUUCAUCUACACGAUUACCGGUGCUCUGAUCUACGCCUUUGUUGGCCAGGACGUCUCUAGUCCCGCCCUCACUUCGGCUGGAACGCUUUUGAGUCGUGUUGCAUACGGUGUUGCCCUGCCCGUGAUCUUCAUCAGUGGUUCGAUUAACACCGUUGUCUUCGGACGCCUGGUUCACGGUCGCAUCUUCGCCAACUCUCCGAUUCGCUUCAUUAACACGAAGAUGGGAUGGCUGACAUGGCUGGCGGUGAUCACAGCCGCCACCGUCGUGGCAUUCAUCAUUGCUGAGGUCAUCCCCUUCUUCAAUGAUUUGCUCUCCAUUUCCUCGGCCCUUUUCAUCUCUGGAUUCACCUUCUACUUCCCCGCCAUGAUGUGGUUCAUGCUUCUUCGGAAGGGUAGCUGGAGUGAGCCGAAGAACAUCGCCUUGGCUAUUAUCAACGCCUUCAUCUUCAUCAUCGGCAUGGUGGUUCUCGUCGGUGGAACAUACUCCAGCGUGGAUGACAUUGUCAUCAAAUACGCCAAGGGAGAAGUUGGCGGUGUCUUCUCAUGUGCUGCUCCUGAGUAAGACUUGCCCUGUAUUACUGGCAAUCCCAAGACAGAAGAGCGUGUUCAAGCUGGUGCUUGCACAGAGCUUCUAUCAACCCUGGUUGGUCUGAGAUAGAAACACUCUUUGCUUUGGGACCAGCGCUAUGAUUUGCGACCUAGCAAUCUACGAUUUAGGCGUUGCAUUGCAUUUACACGAUACAUCAUCUACGGAAGCAUGGAUCUAGAAGCGAAACCUGUAUAUAUAGUUCAAUUUAUCAAC